UUUCAUGAUUAAAAACCAGCUUGCGAGAUAUUUUUGGGGGGUUUAACGUCGCGCACCAGCACUAGAUAGUAAAGGUCAUAUGGCGACUUUCCACCUACAGUUACUGGUGGAGGAAGACCUCAGGUGUCCCUCUGUACAUCAUUUAAAGCAUUAACGGGCACCUGAGUAGAACCACCGACUUUCCGUAAGCUAACUGGGUAGCUUGCGAGAUAUUAAUUGCCGUAACCGAUAAAGGAAGUGUGUGAGGUGCACCCAAACCCCUUUUACUUGAAGAACCCAUUGUCGCGGACUAGCGCUCGCUUUCUUCGUUCUCUUAAUUGUAAAAACCAUAACAUAAACACACUAUUUGCUUUGACAUUGGAAAGGGCCAUAAACUGCCUGGACACUUUAACAUUGAAAUAGACAUUACGAUGCUUUUAUGAUUAUUUCUCUUAAUAAUAUUUAACUCAUCUAUCUAAUUAUCUAAUUAAUUGGUGGUACUGCAAAAACAGAAAUACAAAAGGUUGACGAUGUCGGGUGCAAAAGGUGGUACAAAGGGAGGACCAAGCAGUAAGGGAGGUAAACUGGUCGUUGCAGCUAUUGAUUUUGGUACGACCUACUCUGGAUACGCAUUCUCUUUAAAAAACGAGUAUAUUAAAGACCCUACAAAAGUUUAUGCUCAGACAAAAUGGGUCGCUGGUACAGGAUCCUUGAUGUCACUGAAAACACCGACAAUUCUUCUCCUAAACAAAGACAAGACAUUCAAAGCUUUUGGGUAUGAAGCAGAAAACGAGUAUGGUCAACUAGCGAUAGAUGGGGUACAUGAGGAUUACUAUUAUUUCAGACGCUUUAAGAUGAUGCUAUAUAAUUCAAUGGGAUUAAAGCGAGAUCUAGAAAUAACAGACGAAUUUGAUCAUAAGAUGAAGGCUCUAGAGGUGUUCGGUAUAGCUAUCAAAUACUUGAAAGAUCACCUUAUGGGAUGUCUACGUAACAUAUUACAUGAUGCAGAUGAUAAUGACUUACGAUGGGUGUUAACAGUCCCUGCCAUAUGGAAUGACGGCUCUAAACAGUUCAUGAGAGAGGCAGCAGAAAUUGCUGGAAUAAAGACAGACAAUCUGAUCAUUGCCCUUGAACCGGAAGCAGCCUCGUUAUUUUGUAUGCAUCUUCCGGUUGAGAAAAUGAAAUUGGAAGGAAACAUGUCAGAAUCCAUGCGUGUAUCUCCAUUUUCUAAAGGUAGAAAAUACAUGGUGGUUGACGUUGGAGGCGGAACAGUUGAUAUAACUCUACAUGAAGUCGUUGAUUCGGACAAACUCAAAGAAUUACAUUCAGCGAAUGGUGGCGCGUGGGGUGGCGCGACUGUCGAUGCUGCUUAUGAAAACUUUCUCGCGAAAAUAACAGGAGAAAAAACUUAUAAGCGAUUCAAAACAGAAGCUGCAGAAGAUCACAUCGAUCUGCUCCGAGAGUUUGAAACUAAAAAAAGAGGAGUAGUAGCUGGAAAAACUGGAAAAGAGACCAUAAAAAUCCCAGUUCGCUUGACAGACUUGUAUACAGAAGACACGGGCAAGCUGUUAAAAGAUAGAAUAAGUGAGAUACCAGACUUUAAAGAUAAAGUUAAGUGGUUGAGUGAUAAAAUUCGAAUGGAUAUGGAAAUUGUAAAGUCGUGGUACGACGAAUCGUGUAAAAAUACUGUAAAACAUAUCAAGAAGAUAUUCAAGGAUACGAAAAGUCAGGGAGUUGAUACAAUCUUACUCGUCGGUGGUUUUUCUGAAUCACCAAUGCUACAAGAAGCUAUAAGAUCAAAUUUUCAAGACAAAAGAUUAAUCAUACCUGAAGAAGCUGGUUUGGUGGUUUUAAAGGGAGCUGUGAUAUUUGGACAUAACCCAAUUACCAUAGUGUCCCGUGUUGCUAAAUGUUCAUAUGGCAUCCGAGUGUAUCGUGAUUUUAAAGCUGGUGUACAUCCGGAAAACAAAAAGGUUCAAGUUGGAAAACGUGUUAAAUGCAAGGAUGUGUUUGCUUGUCAUGUAAAGAAAGGUCAAGAACUGGUUGUUGGUGAGGUGCAAUCGAAACAAAGAUACACGCCACUAGAAGCAGAUCAAAUGACAUUGAUAUUUGAUUUAUACACCUCUACAAAGGAAGAUCCUCAAUACGUCACGGAUGUAGACUGCUCUUAUUUAGGUCAGCUGGAAGUUGAAGUUCCGGAUCUUUCUGGCGGGAAAGAUCGAGGCGUCUUUGUGAAACUGAUUUUUGGCGGAACGGAAGUCGUUGUCGAGGGAGAGGAUGAAAAAACGAAAAAGGUUACAAAGGCAACCUUUGAUUUUUUGCAGUAGCUGUCUCGAUAUUGUAGGAUAUUGCUGCAAAUUGUUGUUACUUUGUGUUGUUUGUUUACAUGACAUAUUGUGCAUCUGCAAUUGUAGUUAAUACUUUUUCCUUCGAGCAUUAUCUUAACAUUACGAACUGUGACAAUCGAGGUGCGAUAGAGGUCUUUGAUACCUUGAUGUUUGAGUGUGUAGCCAUUUAAAUGCUAAAGGUGAGCGUCUUCCCAGAAAGAACGAUAUAUAAGUACUAUAGUAUCCUGGUUUAAUCAUGCUAAAUAUCUUGAAUGGACUUAUCCAUCUUUUAAUAUGGGCAAAUCCAUUUAUUAUUAAAAAAUCAAAAUAAACAUUGACUGAAUAGCGAACAGCGCAGACCAUGAGCAGACAGCAUGGUUGCCGUCCCCGGAAGUGAAAAAAAAAUCUAAGCGUGCGCAUUCGGAAAGAUAACGAUAACUCGUCAAGGGAGGCAACUAAGUUAUGGAAAAGGACUUAUAUAAGUAGAAUAUGUUCCCGGCAGCAGGCUAAGAGCUAAUAGGCGAAAAUGAUAAGACUGAAACUCUAGAUUAUUUCACUUGAAGUAGAUUGUAGUAUUGUGGAAAAUGAGAAAAUUCGUGCUGAAGUAACAUUUUGUGUAACGAAAUAUCAAAGUUUAAAUGUACAAAAAUACCUUUUUGAUUUUCAUGUCAAAAAAAAAAUAUAUUUUUGCAUAGCUCAAAAAUCAGUGGUAUUUAUCUAUAAGUGAUAAAUUAUGUUAAAGUUUUUUUUUGUAUAUUAUUCAUAUUUGCAGUACAUGUUGAUAUUUGAUAUUGUUUUGUAUAUGCUGGAUAUAUUUAUAUAAAUAUUAUUCAAGAUUUA